UGUCUUUCACAUUGAGUGAAGUUUAAGACCUCGCGCUACAAGAUAACCUUUGAAACAUGGAGAAUUCAUAAACUCAGAAAAGCCCCCAAAUUUUGCAGUGUUCUAUAUAUGUAACAAUAUAAUCAAAAACUACCAGUCAUUUGGAGAUGACUUACAAUAUAGAAAGGAAAUCUUUCCUUGUAGAAAGGAAACCUCAACUUUUGCAAAACAGAAUUCUCUUUUCCUAACCAAUCAUUCUGAAGAAAAUCCUUCAUUCCAUUACCACAAUACCUGAAAUAUUUGGAAAUAUAAGCAGGGUGGCACCAUGUGGCAUUGCUGGUGAGCCACUUCCCUGAUCUCGGUUAUUCAUUAGAGGCUGUUAGGAAGGCCUUCUCCAUCAGCUCCUGACCAGGAAGCGAGCAGAUGCCCUAUGGAACAUUAAUGUGACAACGAAGUGGAACAGCUGUUUGGAGCACAGGUCAACCUUCGUCUGUGCUCAGUGGAGCAAGAACAGUAUUCCGGUAACAGCCUGGUGGAGGGAUGAAAAAGCAAAAAUGUAUGGCUCAAACACACAGAGCUAGCGUAUCUGCAGUACUUGAUACCACACAACACACUGGCAGAUAUAUUGGCACUUCUGCUCACCCAUUUCAAUCUUAACAAUCUAGGCCUUCUUUCAUGUUUUGGUGUCAGAAGGAAUAGAAGUUGUCAAAAGCUUUCUAACAGUAUCCCAGAGUCAUGUGAAAAGGAAUGACUACAGCAUAUCGGCGGUACUUCGGAGAACUGCGUAAGGCCUGUCCAGAAAGUCACAGCACUGUCUGUGCUCGGGGAGGUGGCAGACACAGAGGUCAGCCGCUGAGAAGCUUCGGGAGCAUGACACGCACACUUUCUUUCAGAGACAUCAGCUGGUGGGUGGCACCACAUCUUACAUUUCAGGCAUUAGCUGGAGAAUUUGUGAAUAUUCUUUGCAGGUGAUGUAUUUUCUAUUAUGACUACUUUCAUACAAUAAGCCUUUUCUAAUUUCUUUAUCUUCAUCUUUUUUAACUGAAGUGUAAAGGGUAAAUGAUAUCUAAGCCAUUUACCAAUUUAAUACAUAAAAACCCUCUUAACCAUGAAAUAAAUCAUAUUAAAGCCUGCAAAUGUUCUGUCUGAAGUAAGAGACAGCACUCCAACUAGGCAGGUUACAAGACUGAUGUUGAAUCUUCCUCUUCCAGCAAAGGAAAAUCAGCUACUCCUAAGUAUUUAGCUGCUCAGGCCUGCCGUGCCACUGUAGAAUUGUUAAGCUCUUUCCCACUAUAUGCCAAAGUCCUGUAGUUUGCUGUCGGAGCCACAUCUAAAAUUCCCAAUAACAUUGCCUCUCCAUUUCUCAGCUUAAACUGAAAAAUAAGCAAGUCAAAGCUAUUGGAAUUCUGAUUAAAAUCUGUAUCUCUGCUCCUGAUAUAAUAAAUAUUUCAACCAAUGAUUAUGUCUAGCACAAGAUGGAAUUCACAAAAUAAAUGGGUUCCUUGCAAGGGAGACCAUCUUGGUUACUUGGGCUAGGCAUAACCAUUGGUUGAAAUAUUUAAUCCAGCAAUUCUAAACUUUGUACAACAGCUGAAAUAUGUGUAAUUAACUCAAAAACCUUUGAAGUAAACUUUAACUUCAGUAACAUGGGACUAGUUCACUGACGUUGCUAAUUGCAUAAUGUGAGCUUUUGCUUCUUUUGGCAGGUACUAGUCAGUAAGCAACAGGAAUCAGCUCUUUCGUAGGAGAUGGCUACUUUCUUCUCUGACCUGGUUCAGUUUCAAGGACUAUUUCAAAUGAUUCUAGUGCUGGGAAUUGGUGGUAGUUUCCCAUAUGGAUUCCAUAUUUCUGUCAUCAACUAUCCUUCUGUGCACAUCAGAAAAUUUAUUAAUGAAACCUGGACGGAGCGCCAUGGCUCUCCCCUCCAACCUGAGACAAUCAUGCUGUUGUGGUCCUUCAUUGUGUCUGUUUAUGGGAUAGGAGGGUUCCUGGGGAGCCUCUGCUGUGGCUACCUGACUACAAAAUACAGAAAAAAGAAGUGCCAAAUGUUCACCAACCUGAUCAUGCUGGUAGCUGCACUUCUCAUGGCCUUCAGUAAAACAGCCAAGUCCUUUGAGAUGAUCCUGGCUGGACGCUUUCUCUAUGGCGUUGGUACAGGUUUUUCUCUCAAUAUACAUCCUCAGUAUGUAGGAGAGAUUUCACCCAAGAAGCUGCGCGGAUUUACGAACUCCACAGUUGCUGUUUUUCUGACACUGGGAAAACUCACGGGACAGGUUGUUGGACUAAGGGAGAUUUUAGGAAGCGAAGCUUUGUGGCCAUGGUUGUUAGCAUCUAGUGGACUUUCAGCAUUGGUUCAACUGGUUACUCUCCCAUUUUUCCCUGAUUCACCAUCUUACCUCCUGAUCCAGAAGGGUAAUGAGGAAGCCUUCAGGAAAGCCAUUAGGAAGCUCUGGGGGGAAGGAGACCAUCAAGCAGAAAUUGAUGACAUUAUGAAGGAGAAGGUUGCAGUGACGGGCACUAAAACCCUGCGUGUCCUCGAAGUAAUAAAAGAACGGUCUCUGCGCUGGCAGCUUUACAUCCUGGUGACUGUCAUGACCACCCUGCAGCUCUGUGGAAUCAAUGCAAUAUACUUCUAUUCUUUUGAAGUAUUCCAUACAGCCAAGUUCGAAGAGUACCUUAUCCCAUACGUGUCCCUGGGCCUUGGGCUGUGCGAAUGCUUAUCUUCUAUAUUGUGUAGCACCCUUAUAGAGCGGUUUGGGAGGAAGGUGCUGCUAUGGGGAGGAUAUACACUGAUGUGCUCUGUGCUAGCACUCCUCACCAUGACCCUGUCGCUGCAGCAUCAGUUCUUCUGGCUGCACUACUUCAGUGUUAUCUUGAUCUUCCUAUUCGUUUUCUUCUACGGAAUCGGACCAUCUGGAGCCACUGUAUCUAUCAUGGUUGAAAUCUUCAGCCAGUCAUUCAGACCAUCAGCCUUUCUGAUUGUUGGCUGCAUCAACUGGAUGGGGCUGUUUGUACUUGGGAUGGUUUUUCCAUUGAUUGUUGAUAACCUUGGUCCCUUCUGCUUCCUUAUCUUUUUGGGAAUCCUUGUUUUAUCAGCAAUUUUCAUCUACCUGUACCUCCCUGAGACCAAAGGAAAGUCAAUCAUGGAAAUAAAAGCAGAGUUCAACAAGCUGAAUUUUGGAAAAAAGGAAAUCUCGGUUACAGAAAAUAACUUUCCUAAGGAACAGUUGUUCUGCACCAAACUCUGAAUGUCCGGAGGAGAAAUUUGCAUCUCUUAGAAAAGACAGGAAACAAUGUUGGAAUAGAACUGAAAAAGAAACAUUAAAAACAGACUGCAAGCA